AUGAAAACGUCUCUCAAGCUUGGAGGCGCAAUUGCACUUUCAUUGUUUGCUGUUGAGUCUGCUGCUAGGGCAGUGGGAUUUGCACCUAAUCAAUGGAUUACCCCAUACAAAAGAGAAGCAUUGCAGGACAUCGUUACAUGGGACGCAGAUUCGAUAUUUGUGCAUGGGCAGAGAAUAUUUCUAUACUCUGGAGAAGUGCAUCCAUAUCGACUUCCAGUACCCGAUCUAUAUCUCGACAUCUUCCAAAAGAUCAAAGCUCUUGGCUACAAUGGCGUCUCCUUUUACGUUGACUGGGCAUUGCUCGAGGGUAAACCUGGGGUAUACCGCGAGGAGGGCGUAUUCGACCUCCAACCCUUCUUCGAUGCCGCCUCUGAAGCUGGUAUCUACUUGAUUGCUAGACCUGGACCAUAUAUCAAUGCUGAGGUAUCCGGCGGCGGAUUUCCCGGAUGGAUUCAACGAAUCAAUGGCACCCUAAGGACGAGAUCACCAGACUUCCUCAAAGCGACAAACAACUACAUGAAGAACGUCGGAGCAAAGAUAGCUGCAGCCCAGAUCACGAACGGCGGACCGAUCAUUCUGGUGCAGCCCGAGAACGAAUAUACGCAAGCGACAUCAGCGAUCACACCCUUCCCAGAUCCGGUCUACAUGGAUUAUGUCAUAGAUCAGUUGCGUGACGUGGGUAUCGUUGUGCCUCUUAUCAGCAACGACGCUUCGGCUAAAGGAAACAACGCGCCCGGUCAGCCUGCAGCUGUUGACAUUUACGGCCAUGAUGGAUACCCACUAGGCUUCGAUUGCUCGAACCCAAAUAUAUGGCCGGAUGGGAAUCUCCCAACGAAUUGGCGACAAUUGCAUGAACAGCAAAGCCCUAAUACUCCCUACUCUAUCGUUGAGUUUCAAGCUGGCAGCUUCGAUCCUUGGGGGGGACCAGGCUUUGACCAGUGCAGUGUCCUCGUCAAUGCUGAGUUCGAGCGAGUGUUCUAUAAGAACCUCUAUAGCUUUGGAGUCACGAUUUUGAAUAUGUACAUGACGUUUGGCGGCACUAACUGGGGCAACCUGGGACAUCCGGGCGGUUACACAUCAUACGACUACGCAGCGGUCAUCCGUGAGGAUCGACGCGUCGAUCGGGAAAAGUAUUCUGAACAGAAGCUGCAAGCCAAUUUCUUCAAAGUUAGCCCAGAGUAUUUGACUGCUACCAGAGGAAAUGCUUCAACUACUGCUUGGACCACAAGCACCGCUUUGACAGUUACUCCGGCCUUUGGCGAUAACACCAAGUUCUACUUUGUUCGACAUGCCAGAUACAACUCUCUCGACUCGACAAGCUACAAGAUCAACAUCGCUACGUCUGCAUUUGGGAAUAUCACAAUCCCACAAGUCAACGGUACCUCCCUCAUGCUCAACGGACGCGACUCCAAGAUUCACGUCAGUGACUACGAUGUUGGGGGCGCCACGCUCGUCUACUCGACUGCUGAGAUCCUCACCUGGCACAAGUAUGAUGACAAGACUGUCCUAAUUGUAUACGGCGGACCUGGAGAGACCCAUGAGCUAGCUCUUGCAAUGGGUGGACUGCAAAUUCUUGAGGGCAGUGUCCAGAGUAUUACCACAGGAAAUGCCACGGUCUUGAACUUCAAAGCAGAUGGCGAAAGGAAGGUCGCUAGAUUCGGCUUGAAGAGCAACUUCGUAUACGUCUAUAUGGUUGACCGAAACGAGGCCUACAACUACUGGAUUAUCGAUCAGGCUCCUCACGACGCGUCAGGCGCUGUGAUCUUGAAGGCAGGUUAUUUGACGCGGACCGCCAAUAUUACUGGCGAUACUCUGGCUAUCACGGGAGACUUGAAUGCUACAACACCUAUCGAGGUGCUCGGCGCCCCAUCUUCGGUCUCUAAGCUGACGUUCAACGGCGAGGAGGUCAAGGCUGAUGUCUCAACAGAGGGUGUAGUGAGCGGCACAGUCGAUUAUCUCAAACCCGAACUUAACAUUCCAGCCCUGAACGAUCUCGAAUGGAAGUACAUUGACACGCUCCCUGAAAUCCAGUCAGGUUACGACGACAGCCAAUGGGUGAAAGCAGAUUUGAAGACCACACACAACUCACUGCGUCCCCUAAAUACCCCUAUGUCGCUGUACAGCUCCGAUUACGGAUUCCAUACAGGUACGCUGCUCUUCCGCGGAACCUUCACCGCCACAGGCAACGAGUCAAGUUUCUACGUCUUCACGCAAGGUGGAUCCGCUUUCGGAUCUACUGUAUGGAUUGGAGACCAGUUCCUAGGCUCGUGGCGUGGCUAUGACGCUGCUACCAACGGUAAUGGCACUUACACACUGCCUAACCUCAUCGCUGGCAGGCAAUACACCAUCACAGUGGUGAUCGACAACCAGGGACUUGAUGAAAACUGGACGAUUGGCACAGAGACGGCAAAGAAUCCGCGCGGUAUCUUGGACUACAAGCUCUCCGGUCACGCCCAAUCCGAUGUCUCCUGGAAACUCACUGGCAACCUCGGUGGCGAAGAUUAUCUCGAUAUAUCGCGUGGUCCUCUCAAUGAAGGUGGCUUAUUCGCUGAACGUAACGGUCUUCACUUACCCGGUGCUCUUUCUAGUGAUGGAUGGACAGCCAGCAGUGGUCCCGUUGCAGACGGUAUCCCAGCUCCUGGCAUCGGGUUUUUCGCUACGGAGUUUGAUCUCAACCUACCCACCGGCUACGACAUUCCUCUCAGCUUUACUUUCUCCAACAGCACCAACGGUAGUAUUGGUUCAAGCGUUCCGGCAUACAGAGUGCAGCUUUACGUCAACGGGUGGCAGUAUGGCAAGUAUGUCAGCAAUGUGGGCCCGCAGACGAAUUUCCCUGUCCCGGAAGGUAUCUUAGACUACCGCGGAACCAAUUAUCUGGCGAUAUCGCUGUGGGGGCUGGAUAUGGGCGCAACGAAGGUUGCCGGUUUGGAGCUCACGGUUGAUGGAGAGGUUUGGGGUGGGGUCGGGGAGGUCAGUGUGGUGGAGGGUCAGACGUAUGCGGAGAGGGAAGGGACUUAUUGA